AUGAGUAUGGGGUGCUUCUCCUGCUUCAAACCCUCUGGCUCCUCCACUAGACGAGAUGAUCCAUCCGAGGAUCCUUUUGAAGCAGACACUAAUAGGGCCAUGGAAAUUUCACGCAAGGAAGAAGACGAUCGCGUCAGACUUCAGAAUGAGAUUGAUAAGGCAAAAGAAGAAAUGGAGGAUAAGGGACAAACUAAGAAUCAUUCCAAAGAUCAUGUGCUCGAAGAAGAUGCGAAUCCUUCUCCUAGUAUAUGCAAUGGUUGCAAAUCUGAGAUUGGAGAUGGAAUAUCUCUCAAUGCUUUUGAUGCUGUUUGGCAUCCUCAAUGUUUCUGUUGCCUUCAUUGCCACAAGCCAAUUGCUAUUCAGGAGGUUUCCAAAAAAGGAAAGUUUCACAGACUCUGCCACAAGGAAAACCGUCAUCCGAAUUGCUCUGUUUGCCAUAAAAAGAUUCCUGUAACUGAAGAAGGCAUAAAGUUUAGUGAACAUCCGUUCUGGUUGGAGAAAUACUGUCCUUCUCAUGACACUGAUGGAAUUGCCAAGUGUUGCAGCUGUGAAAGAUUAGAGCAGCCUAUAGGAACGAACUAUGUGAUGCUUAGUGAUGAUCGGUGGCUAUGUCUAGAUUGUAUGGGAUCUUCGGUUAUGGAUACUUACGAAUGUGUUGAUUUGCAUUUGGAAAUCCGUGAAUUCUUCGAAGGCUUGUUCUUGAAAGUUGAGAAAGAAUUUCCUCUUCUUCUUGUUGAGAAACAAGCUCUCAAUAAAGCUGAGGAAGAAGAGAAGAUUGACUAUCAUCAUGCAGUGGUAACAAGAGGUCUCUGCUUGUCUGAAGAGCAAAUUGUCAAAAGUGUAAGACACUACUAA